UAUAUUUUCCCGAAUUAGAAUUUGCUAUAACGAGAGUGAGAAAGAAGGAAAAAGGUUCCUUUAAUUUCAACAGAUCCGUAAUCUUUCGACCCGACAAUGGAUCUACUCUGCAACGCCUACUCAACUGCCUCAGACGACGACGACGACGACCAACCCGAACACCGGAGACCCGUCGUUCCCCCUCCGUCGAAGCGACCCAGAUCCGAUCACCCUCGUUCCCGCCCCGAGCCCUUGCCCCAACUUCGCCCGCACCCCGCCCCGCACCCGCCAGCGGAAUCUCCGAUUCCUGGCAGAUACAUUUCCAAGAGAGAACGAGCCGUCUUGGGUUCGGUUCCCAGGGUUCCUGACCCGACCCCGCCUCCUGACCCGGUGGCAACAUCGCCUGUUGCGGGAAGCAUUUUGGAUUCAGAUCUCCCUCGUGGAAUUUUGUCCUCACUGAGGCGUCAAACAAAGGGACAAGGAGGGCUGGCCCAAAUGUCUGAAAAGCUCUCUGUAGCUCUUAGUGGCCACUCAAAGGCUGUCAAUGUCAUACAGUGGUCAACAAAUCAUGCCCAUCUUCUUGCAUCUGCCGGAAUGGAUCAUACAAUCUGCAUAUGGAAUGUAUGGAGCAGAGAUCAGAAGAAAGCACGGAUAUUGAACUAUCACAAUGCAGCAGUUAAAGAUGUGAAGUGGUCGAAACAGGGACUGUCUAUACUUUCUUGUGGAUAUGACAGCACAUCCAGGUUAAUUGAUGUUGAAAGGGGUUCAGAGACUCAGGUUUUCAAGGAAGACCAAGUUGUCGGAGUUGUAAAGUUCCAUCCAAAUAACUCCAACCUCUUCCUUUCUGGGGGGUCCAAGGGCUUCCUUAGGUUAUGGGAUAUUAGAGUUGGGAAGGUGGUAAAGGAGUAUUUUCGAGGUCCAAGUCCAAUCCUUGACGUUGAAUUCACCAUUGAUGCCAACCAAUUCAUCUCUUCAAGCGAUAUAUCCAUAGGCAACGUCAGUGAAAAUUCGAUAAUAAUUUGGGAUAUCUCUCGCCAAGUUCCACUGUCAAAUCAGGUUUAUGUCGAAGCCUAUACUUGUCCUUGUAUUAGGCACCACCCGUUUGAUUCUUAUUUUGUCGCACAGUCAAACGCGAAUUAUAUCGCUAUAUUCUCUUCCAGACCCCCUUUCAAGCUCGACAAGUACAAGAGGUACGAAAGCCAUGGUGUUUCUGGUUUCCCUAUCAAGUGUAAUUUCAGCUCGGAUGGAGAGAAGCUUGUAUCGGGCUCCUCGGAUGGAUGUAUUUACUUUUACGACUCUCGAUCCACCAACCUCAUCAAGAAAGUCAAGGCGUAUGAACACGCCUGCACAGAUGCUGCUUUCCAUCCAACAAUGCCUAAUGUAGUAGCUUCGUGCAGCUGGAGUGGAAAUGUUUCAGUUUUUGAAUGACAUGACUCUGUUUCUGCAGAUAGUUGAAGUGUAGUCUAUAUGCGCUGCUCCCCUGAAAUGCUAUGUAAAACCCGAAGGAAAUCCUGAAGAAAUCAAUUUCUUGAUUAGUAG